AUGGAGGAGAAAGACAAAAAGGAAUAUGUGAGAGAGAGUAAUGCUCUCUCGAGGAGUAGACCACAGAAGAACCCUAGGAGUAGGGCUGGCAGUAGAGGUACGCCUAGAGACUCUACUAUGAGGUCUGAGGGUAAAGCGCCUGCAAGGACAUACAUCAUUCGCGUCCACGAAGAUGCUACGUCUCCUGAAGUGAUUGCGGGUACCUUUUCUAUCUAUGAUAUAUCUGUACUUUCUUUGAUCAACCCAGGGUCUACCCACUCUUAUAUUUGCAUGAAAUUGGUAUCUACUACGAAUAUGCUAGUGGAGUCUACUGAAUUUGUGGUAAAAGUGUCUAACCCGUUAGUAAACUAUGGUAGUAAGUUUAUUGAAUUGAGAUGUGAAAAUGGGGAUAUUAUUCGGGUUGAAUCAAGUGAAUCAGAUAGCCUACCAAUACUGAUUUCUUUUAUGACUGCUGAGAAAUACAUGAGAAAAGGGUAUGAGCCCUAUCUUGCUUAUUUGUUGAAUACCCAAGAGUCGGGAGUAAAGAUUGAUUCAGUGCCAGUGGUAUAUGAGUACCUGGAUGUGUUUUCGAAAGAAUUGUCCAGAUUACCUCCAACUAGGGAAGUUGAGUUUGGUAUCGAGUUAGUCCCUGGUACAGUACCUAUCUCGAUCGCUCCAUAUAGGAUGGAUCUGACGGAGUUAAAGGAGUUAAAAGUACAUUUACAAGAACUAAUAGACAAAGGUUUUGCGAGACUGAGCUAUUCCCCGUGGGGUGCCCCGGAUAAAUGUUUCAACUUGGAAAUCAAGUGGAGGGAUCCAGCCAAGCACUGUAAAAUUGAGGAUUAG